AUGCGGACUAUCUGCCCACCACAAAGUCAAGGAAAUUCAGGGCAGCUCGUGCUGGAAGUGGCCAGGAUCCCACUAGGAAUGAAGGUCAGCGUGGGAGCAGCUGCUGAUGGGAGCAGGAAGUCCAGGCUGAUGCACUCUGAGGCAUCUCUUGGUGCGGUGAUCUUGGGUCCAAGCAGUCCCAGAGUGCAGCCGCCUCUUUCCAAGAGCGGGGAAUUCCUUUGGAGAGGGACUUGCUCCAAGAAGUUCCCCAUGCCUCGGAAAGGAGUCGACUGCCACUUCUAUUUCAACUCUGUCUGCUUUAAGGGAGACAGCUGUCCAUUCCGCCACUGCGAAGCAGCUCUGGGGAGUGAAGAGGUCUGCAAGCUGUGGAUGCAGGGUCGCUGUUCCAGCAGCGACUGCAGGCUGAGACACACGAAAAUUGAUAAGAAGCGCAGUGAGAUUCCCUGCUAUUGGGAGAAUCAGCCGGGAGGCUGUCAGAAGGCCCACUGCCCUUUCCUUCACUUGAAGGAACGCAGUGGGAAUGGACUGACUGUACCACCAAGUGACGAAGCUGACACGAGCCUUCCUCUGAACAGCGGCCCUGCAGAAAGUCUGGAGAGCCAGACAGAGGUUGAGAAGGCAGCAGAGAGAGGUGACAUCCCAUCUUCCUCCCAUGGCCCUGCACAAAAGCGCAAGCGAUGUGAGGAGAAGGCCAAAGCAAGCGAGUUGCCUCUCAAGAAGAGAGUCAGGGCUGGACGCAAGGUGUUCCUCAGGUCUGCUGAUUGGAAAUCCACCUUCCCCAGGAAGCAGACUCUGAAGCGGAAGGCAGCGGACAUGGAACCAUCUGCUGCUGAGGACACCGAUGAGCCCCCAGCCCGAAAACUGCCUAUGGCAGCAGACGUCUCACAGGGUACUUGUGGAAGACCUCUAUUUUGGGUAGAUGUAGAGCAAGGAUUAUGUAAGACUCUGUGAUUCUACAAUUCUCAGAUUGCUCUGUGGUGUGAAGGAUUUUGUCCACGAAUGCUGUGCUGUUAAAAGCACCCAAGGUCAUUGUAACCUUCAAGAGAA